AUGUCCAAGGGGCCGAAAAUGCAAGUGCAAUAUUCUGGCUCAAUAUUGGGGCUGCCCCAGAAACAUGGACAAGUCGAAGAUGUGUGCCAGUGGGCGGCCUAUGCCAGCUUUUAUGGCUCUCAAUGCAGCAUGACCUUGGGGGGCUACAGUCCCCGCUCCUCAAGUGGAGUCUCAAGCUGCUUUGAACAAGAAUCUUUCGCUCAUCCAAGUCUACGUCUAAUAAGAGACCUCGAAGUCGUCCCCACCGCUGCUACUACCCCACUCCUCAAUCCCACUGGCAUCCGGUCGUUCCUUGGCGUCUUCAUGCAGUCCAUGACGUAG